AUCAGAGGUAUCCUUGUGCGUUGGAACUCAUCUCAUUCCACACCCUAACAAGGCACUCACAGGAGGGGAGGAUGCUUUCUUUGUCAGUAGCUACGCGGGAGGAGUUAUUGCUGUUGCUGAUGGUGUCUCUGGUUGGGCUAAAGAAAAUGUGGACCCUGCUUUAUUUCCUCGAGAAUUUUUGGCUAAUGCUUCAGAUUUGGUGGGGAAUGACGAUGAGGUUAAUAACGACCCCCAGAUUCUUUUGAGGAAGGCACAUGCUUCUACCUCUGCAACUGGUUCAGCUACUGUAAUUGUUGCAAUGAUGGAGAGGAAUGGCAAGCUGAAAAUUGCUAAUGUUGGAGAUUGUGGAUUAAAGGUCAUUCGUAAAGGUCAAAUUAUAUUUUCCACGUCCCCACAAGAGCAUUACUUUGACUGCCCGUAUCAACUGAGCUCAGAACGGGUUGGCCAGACAUUCCUCGAUGCCAAGGUUAGCAACGUGGAGCUAAUGGAGGGAGAUAUUUUAGUAAUGGGAUCCGAUGGACUAUUCGAUAAUGUUUUUGACCAUGAGAUUGUUGCAACCGCAACCAAAUACGUUGAUGUUGGUGAGGCUGCUAAGGCGUUAGCAAACCUUGCAAGUAGUCAUUCAGCGGAUAAAACCUUUGAAUCACCAUAUUCAUUGGAGGCCAGAUCGAAGGGUUAUGAUGUUCCUUUCUGGAAAAAAAUACUCGGAAUGAAGCUUACAGGGGGAAAACUUGAUGAUAUCACUGUGGUCGUAGGUCAGGUCGUGAGCUCAUGAUCUCAUCAUUUUCUCAAGAAGAAGACAACUAUCAAGAUAAUCCAUCUCAGAUAAUGCUUCAUCAAUGGUUUUUGUUAAGCGAAUAAGUGAUACUUGGUAUGCAGAGCCAUAACAACCACGAGCUUCCAGGGAUAACAGAAGAAGAAAACCAGCAAUAUGAACGUAACCAGUAAAACGAAGGUGAAAUUUAACUCGGCCAUGGCCAUAUUUUUUCCAACCAUGCGGCGUCAUGAGUUACUCAUGAUUAUAAUAAUCCGCCUUUAAGGAAAA